AUGCCCUUCUUCAAGCGCAGCGACCAGAUCUCCAUCUGGUACCGUGACGAUGGCCUGGCCGACGCCCAGGCCGUGACGCAGCCCGACCUUUUUCGCGCGAGUGCCGAUGCCGACCCCAUCUAUGGCGCUGACAACGCCGCCCGCGACGCCACGGCCGACUUCUUCGACGUGCCGCCGCCGAUUGUCCCUAAGAUGGUGGGAUACUUUGAGAAGGCAUGGCACCUGCGCCGGCUGCGGCAGCUGGACGAGGCCGUGGCGUACGCCGUGGCGUGGGGCGGGUGGGGAGACCCGCACAGCCUCGACCGCAGAGGGAACGCGCUGACGGCGUUCCGCGGCAAGCGCCAGUGCCAGCGGCUGACGGUUGGAUCGAGCGAGGCGGCCGUCGAGCUGGACCGCGGCGACCUCGUGCGGGACGAGCGAGACGAGUUUGCCGUCAUCGAGAGCAAGAGCCACUGGUUCCACCAGAUCGAGAUCGGCUCGUUCAACGAGGCGCUGAAGGCGUGGCUGUGUAAGAUCGGGGCGCUGCCUUCUUCCAGGGCGUGA